GAAUGGAAAAUCUCCAUGGGCACUUCGCCCGCGCAUCGGGAGCGCAAAUGGUGCUGUUUUCGUCCGUGGCCUCUCUACUGGGGUCGCCUGGACAAUCGAACUACGGCGCUGCCAACGCGGGUCUCGACGAUGCAGCCGAGUCCAUGCAAUCGAGCGGCUUGCCCGUUGUCAGCGCGCAGUUCGGACCGUGGAAAGGGGCGGGCAUGGCGACGGCCACCGCCAAGAAGAUGGAAGCCAGGGGGGUGGGAGCGCUCACUCCCGAAAUGGGCCUGUACGCUCUGGCCAGCAUCCUCGAUGGCUACCAUCGGCCAUCAUUUGGGCCGCGUUCGGGGAUCGUUACAGCAACGCCAUUCGACUGGGACGCCUUCCUUCCGCAGAUGCCCACCGUCCCUGGCCUGUUUUCGCACUUCUCUUCACGAGGGGCUGAGCCAUGGGGCGAGCCAACAGUCCGCAAGGACAUGACAGAAGUAAUGGAUGUCGUGGGAAGCAUGACACCAAAAGACAGGCAGGAAUUUUUCGUCCGCGAGGUGGAGCAAGUGGUUCGGUCCAUAAUGGGUUCAGACGUCCGGGGCGACCAGCCCCUCAUGGCGGCGGGCCUGGAUUCACUGGGCGCCGUGGAGCUGCGCAACUCGUUGGAGACGAGGAUGGGCACUGAGCUUUCCAGUACCCUGGUGUUCGAUUAUCCGACGCCUGAGGCCAUCGUGGGCCAUCUGUGCGAUAUAUUCACCCCGACGAUGGCGCGUUCGCUUCCGGCAGCGCGACAGAUGGUGCCCCACCUUUCAUCGGGGAAGACUGGCAUUCUGGGGAUUAGCGCGGUGGCGCAGAAAUUUCCGCACGGAGCUUUGGAACAAGGCUGCUUUACGGAUGCCGUCGACGUCGUUCCUUUGAGCAGGUGGGAUGCGGAUCUCGUCCUCACGGAAGAUGCCCCCGCGCGUUUCGGCUCAUUCCUGGACAGUCCCUACGAUUUCGACGCAACUGCCUUCGGCGUCUCUUGCAACGAGGCUGUGAUGAUUGACCCUCAGCAGCGAUUACUUUUGGAGUGCGUCAGCGAGGCCGUCAGGAGCUCCCGCUCCGCCGAUGCUCUGCAGGACGUGGCUGGAGUAGGAGUGUUCUUGGGAAUAUCCACGCCAGAUUACUCCGACCUGAAGAAGAAACACGCUCCAAUAGGGGUGUACAGUGCCACAGGUUCCGCCUUGAGCGUGGCCGCGGGCCGCGUCUCCUACGUCCUCGGAAUGAAGGGGCCGGCGGUGAGCAUCGACACGGCCUGCUCCUCCUCGUUAGUGUCGUCGCACAUGGCCAGACUGGACAUGAUGCAGGGGUCGUGCACGGCCAGCGUCGCCAGCGGCGUGAAGCUCAUCCUGACUCCGGACACGACGGCCAUGUUCAAUCGAGCCGGAAUGCUGACUGUGGAUGGGCGGUGCAAGACCCUGGACGCAAGGGCGGACGGAUACGUGAGGGGAGAGGCCGUGGCCUGCAUGGUGCUGCAUUUGGUGGACCGCCCACCGGAGUGGGUUUGCGCAUACCUUGUCGGAUCAGCGGUUAACCAGGAUGGAAGAUCGAGCACUCUCACGGCUCCUGUCGGCCCCGCCCAGAAGGCCGUUCUUAGACAGGCACUGAGCUCAGGUGGAAUCUCCCCCGAAUCGGUCACAGCCUUACACACGCACGGGACUGGGACUGCGCUUGGAGAUCCAAUCGAAGUUGGUGCCGCCAUGUCCCUGCUCGUGCCCACAUCUGCGGGCAGGCACACCCCGUUGGCAUUCGCGGCCGGCAAGACGAGCCUGGGGCACACCGAACCUGCCGCUGGAGUUGUGGGACUCGUGCAGGCCAUUUCGUCACUCGGCCAAAGGUUCACGCAGCCCGUUCUGCAUCUGGGCUCAGCAAACCCACACAUGCACGGAGUCCUGGCGUCAGCGGCAGGAUCGAUACUGAUGCCCAGGGCGCCAGGUCCUGCAAUACAGGAUGCACCGACCGUAUCCGUCUCUGCAUUUGCCUUCCAAGGGACGAAUGCAAACAUUGCUCUUCAAUCAGGGGAGGGCUGCACUUCGGAGAUGGCGGUGCACUGGGACCGCUGCUUCCAUUGUCUGCUGCCGCCGCCUUGUGCCUUCACAACAAGGGCAUCGGUCCAGAUGCGGAGCUUGGUGUUCGAAUCGCGUCUGAACAGGGCGUCGCUGUGUGGACUUCUGCACCACAGGGUGAACGGACGUGGUAUAUUUCCUGGUGCCGGAUACUUGGGAUUUGCUGCGUCCUCGCUGGCCGCGGUUUUUGGCAAACCUGGGCACGGCGCAUGUGUUACGAAUGGAGUUGUGUCCGCCCCUCUGUUCCUCCAGAUGAAAGACAUGGAUCAGAAAAGCAUUCUGUGUACCGUGAACCUUGUCACCGGUGCGUUGGCCAUAACGUCCAUGCCAGGCAAUGCCGGAGACCUCCUUUUCGCGGAGCCAAUUGCUCGCGGAACAGGAUUUGACGCUGCACUCAACACGCUGACCUCCCCCGGUGUUGCCGCUGCGACGUUAUCCGCGCUCACAAUCGGUGGCCGAUUCGUGGAGAUUUCGAAAAGGGACAUAUGGAGCCACGCAAGGUUCGCGCAAGAGCGACUGGACGUAUCGUACCACCUGGUGGCUGUCGAUUUCAUGCCGGAGGGCUUGCUGCACACCGCGCUGAUGAGGGUCUCCAGGAUGCUGGCUGAGGGCAUAUUAUCGCCUCUCCAGCAGAUAGCCUACGACAUUGGGUCGGUCUCUUCGGCGCUGCGUCAGAUGUCCCAAGCGCGGCAUGUGGGCAAGAUAGUGGCAAGGUCCCGCACAGAGAAGGAGAAUGGACUGGGAGACGUGGGGAUCUCGGUGGUAACGGGCGGCGCGGGUAUGAUAGGAUCACUCGUCGCGAAGUGGCUGGCUAGGAAGGCUGUCAAGCAAAUCAUUCUGACGAGCAGGAGCGGGAAGAUGACCUCCAGCGCAGCUGAGGUGCUCCAGAAAAGCAAUGCGUCAUACAGCAGCCUGGUGUCCAUUGUCAGCAGCGACUUGUCAUACUGCGAGGACUGGCUUGGAGUUGUGGACAACAACUUCGCGUCGCCCAGAAGAUGCAUAACUGCUUUGUUUCACGCGAGCGGCGUCCUGCGCGAUGCCGCAAUAGCAAACCAGAAUGUCCAAUCGAUCAGGGUGGUGUUUGCUCCCAAAGUCGUGGGAACAAAGAACGUAGAAAGUGGAGGAUGGCUGCAACCCACGGCCACGCAUGUAUUCUUCUCAUCCGUAGCAUCUCUCCUGGGUGCGCCGGGACAGACGAAUUACGGCGGGGCGAACGCUUUCAUGGACAGCACCGCGGAGAGGCUCGUGCAUGCAGGCCUUGGCGCGCUGUCCAUUCAGUGGGGCGCGUGGGCAGGCGCGGGAAUGGGCAGCGAACACGCGAUCACCAGGGAAAGAGUGGAGUCCGCGGGUAUGGCUCUUUUGACAGAGGAUGUGGGGAUUGCAAGCUUGGAGGGCCUCCUUUCCAGCCAGUAUCACAGGGCCGUGGCAUCUGCGAUUCCUUUCGACUGGAACAAAUUCCUGAGCCGAUUGGACGUCGUUCCACCACUGCUCUCAGAGUUUUCAAGCACAGGUACCGAGCUGCAUGAGGAUGCAUCGCUGAUGGAAUCAGGGUUGGACUCGCUGGGAUCUGUAGAGUUGCGUAAUGCGCUUUCGAGGCAUUUCGGAAUUGAAUUCCCAGCGACUUUGACGUUUGACUACCCGUCAGUCAGUCUCCUUUCCGAGUACGUUGCAUCCUGCGUCGAUCCAAUUGAAGCUACGCACAACGCACAGGCGCCAGCGGGAGGCGUGACCCACGUGCGUGAAGGUGCUCACAUGAUCGCCCUAACAGGAAUCUCAACCCGCUACGCAAACAUUGACGACCUCGAAGGGUUGCAUCGGUGCCUUGCUGAUUCCCCUGAGCUUCACACAGUCGGGCCCCAUUCGAGAUGGGAUUGCAACGUGAUGUACGGGUCUGCGGACGAAAUCCCGGCGGUUGCGACAAAUUUUGGCACGUUUGUUGACACCGCUUUCCAUUUCGACCCCGAUGUAUUCGGCAUUUCUCGCCGGGAGAGCGCUGCCAUGGACCCGCAGCAGCGCAUCCUGCUCGAGGAGACCUUAACGGCACUGCAUGCCAGAGGCGGCGACAUUCGCUCCCUGACGGGCAGCCAAACGGGUGUGUUCGUUGGUUGCAUAUUCCUGGAAUAUGCGGAUAUGCUGCGGAAGUACGGCCACGGGGCAGGGUCGAACAUCGUAACGGGGAACGGCAUCGCUUUCAUGGCCGGGAGGAUUUCGUACACCUUUGGAUUCCAGGGCCCCUGCGUUCCGACAAACACGGCGUGCUCCUCCUCGCUGGUGGCUGCCCACAUGGCCGCCAGAAGCGUCCAGGACAGCGAUUCAAGCAUGGCGUUGGCCGCGGGCGCGAACGCAAUUCUCAUGCCGGAGGGGGCAACGGCGGCCAUGACGAAUGUGCGUGCAUUGGCGCCGGAUGGAAGAUGCAAGGCAUUUGCCUCAGAUGCGGACGGGUACGGCCGCGGGGAAGGCUUCACGGUGGCAGUUCUAGAACGCAAGCAAGCUCUGGUCAGCCAGGCCAAGGCAGAGGCGGGGAUCGACACACUAGAGUACGUGGCCAGCCAUGGGACGGGGACGCCUCUGGGCGAUCCAAUCGAAACGGGCGCAUUGGGAAAAGCGGUUGUGGGUGGGUCGCAAGCACCGGAUGCCGUGUUCACCAUGGGGGCUGUCAAGACGCUGCUUGGACACACGGAAGGCAAUGCAGGGUUG